AUGUCACCGAAUAAAUUGAUCGUUGCUGUACAGUCGGCAAAAGACAAUGCGGUUUUAUUAUUAACUAUAAUUGCACUCGUAUUAACGACGAUGUUGGUAGGAAUUUUGAGCAAACCUCAAGGACCUUCCUACCUUCCACCGACCGGAACUGGAGCGCGUCCAGCACCCGGAGGCACCGGUCAUCCAGACGAAUGGGCUGGUGACCCGGCGAACUAUGAAUUCUCGUACGAAGUCGAAGACGCAAUAGCCGGACUAAACUUUGGCCAUCACGAAUCACGAAAGGAUAACGAGGCGACCGGAACCUAUCACGUGUUAUUGCCAGACGGUAGAACGCAGAUCGUCGAUUAUAUUGCCGACGAUGGUGGAUAUCGUCCAAUGGUACGAUACGAAGGAACGGCAACGUACCCGGCCCCGGGCCCUUCAAGGGCGGCUCCGGUCUCCGGAGGAUCCGGUAGUAACGAAGGAUAUAGAUACUAA